AUGGCUGGAACACCUUCAGGUCGUCACCACAAGCCUCGACGCAAGGUCAAGCAGAACGGCGAUGGAAAAGGGUUCCAGCUCUCCAAGGCCGAGACCCUCGUCAGGGCGCCCUCCUUCCCACUGUCAGCCUUUCUCUGGCCAGCAAGAGGCUCAGUAUCGCAAUGGGAGGUCCUUCCUCUCAUUCUUAUGGUAGUCGGUCUGUUCAGGUGGGCUGCUGGUCUCUGGGGAUACUCAGGAUUCCAGAAGCCUCCAAUGUUCGGUGACUACGAGGCCCAGAGGCAUUGGAUGGAGAUCACAACGCAGCUGCCCAUAUCGUCAUGGUACUUCUACGACCUGGAAUGGUGGGGACUCGACUAUCCGCCCCUGACGGCAUACCACAGCUGGCUGUGCGGCAAGAUUGGCACUCUCAUCGAUCCCUCUUGGUUCGCGCUCUACACGUCGCGGGGCAUCCAUGAUGCCAAUCUGAAGAUAUUUAUGCGAGCGACUGUCAUCGUGUCCGAAUACCUCAUCUUCGUCCCGGCGGUGGUCAUGUUCGUGAGGAGGUACGGCAGGCUCCUCGGUGUGUCGAACUGGACCAUUUCGGUCGCCCUUGUUGCCGUGCUCAUGCAGCCCGGCACCAUACUCAUCGACCACAUUCACUUCCAAUACAACACGGUGAUGCUAGGUUUCGUCACAGCGAGCAUGUCGUCCAUGCUUGCCGGUCGCUUCUUCUGGGCGUCAGUCUUCUUCGUGGCCGCACUUGGCUUCAAGCAGAUGGCUCUCUACUACGCACUACCCGUCUUCUUCUUCCUCCUGGGAAGCUGCCUUUUCCCCCAGAUUAGGAUCACUCGUCUGCUGGCCAUCGCACUCGGCACCGUCGUCUCGUUUGCCGUCCUGCUCGUCCCACUGGUCGCCGGUGCACUGUAUGACAAGAGCCAGGGCGCCUCUCCCAGAGCUGAGCUGCAAGGAGCCGAUGCUCGCUUGCCAAUAUUUCAAUGGAUCGAGGACUACAUCGAUACGAAUGUCUUCUACUGGCCUGUGAUCGAGCAGCUUGUCCAGGUGAUUCACCGUGUCUUCCCUUUCGCGAGGGGCCUGUUUGAGGACAAGGUCGCAAAUUUCUGGUGUGCCCUCAACGUGGUCGUCAAACUGCGUCAGUACCCCUCGGAGCUUUUGCAGAAGGCAUCCUUGGCUGCGACCCUUGCGUUCAGUCUGGUCCCCAGCCUGAUUCUGUUCUUCAAGCCCAAGAAGGAGCUAUUGCCCUUGGGUUUUGCGACUACGGCAUGGGCAUUCUUUUUGUUCAGCUUCCAGGUUCACGAGAAAAGCGUGCUGCUCCCCCUCAUGCCCAUGACUUUGCUCUUGGCCGGUAACAACGGUCUUGGGAAGGACACUCGAGCAUGGGUGGGAUUUGCGAAUAUCCUGGGCUCGUGGACGAUGUUCCCUCUUCUGCAGCGGGUCGACCUGCGUGUUCCAUACGCGGUGAUCACUGGGCUAUGGGCUUACCUCCUGGGUCUGCCACCCACGUCUCUUGGUGCUUACUUUGAGAGCAGCAGCGGCGCGUUGACACAGUGGGCCACUUUCCUCCUGCAUGGCGGCUUCUAUCUAGCCAUGGCAGCUUGGCAUGUUCUUGAGGGUCUGGAAGCCCAGAUUCUACCCAGGAAAUCCGUUUCCACGCAAAAGAAAACGCAAUAG